CCAUCUUUUGUUCCAAUCUAUGGUUACCAAAAGUCAACAAUUCACGAGCGUUGACGCAAACCCAAUAUAAUAUAGAACAGAAGUUGAGGUUGCCAACUCCAGCAACCCCUCGUCUCUCCUCUCUCUCUCUCUCUCUCUCUCUCAAAGAUCUAGCUAACAUGGAGCACAGGACCUUAGAAAUCAAUGUUAUCUCUGCCAAAGACCUCAAAGAUGUGAACCUCUUCUCCAAAAUGGACGUAUACGUCGCCGUAUCGCUCUCCGGAGACUCACAAAACAAGCAAAAAGCCAAAACCAACGUUGACCGAGACGGCGGCACCAGCCCCUCCUGGAACUUCCCCAUGAAGUUCACCGUCGACGAGUCCGCCGCCAAGCAAAACCGGCUGACCCUCGCCUUCACUCUUCGCUGCGACCGCAGCCUCGGCGACAAAGACGUUGGUGAAGUCCACGUGCCCAUCAAAGAGCUUCUCAACUCCACCGGAGACGGCAACUCCAUGCAGUUUGUGAGUUAUCAGGUGAGAAAACCCUCAGGAAAGGCCCAAGGCGCGUUAAACUUUUCCUACAAGUUUAGCGAGAAAGUUGCUUAUUAUGCUGCGCCAAAGGCUGAGCCUGUCACUGCGUAUCCGGUUGGGGGGCCUAGUGCACCGCCGUCCGAUGGUUCAUAUCCUCCUCCUCAAGGAGGAUAUUCAUAUGCUACCCCACCACCAUACCAAGCAUAUGGUGGAUACCCACCACCAUCUCAACCGGGUUAUGGGUACCCACCAGGGCCACCACCUCAACCAGGUUAUGGGUACCCACCACCUCAGCCUGGUUAUGCGUACCCACCACCUCAACCGGGUUAUGGGUACCCACCGGUGCAGCAGCAGCAGCAACAGCAACCAAAGAAGAAGAACAAGUUUGGGAUGGGUCUGGGGGCUGGACUGCUAGGAGGAGCGCUUGGAGGCCUAUUGAUUGGAGAUAUGGUGUCCGAUGGAUUUGAUGGAGGAUUUGACGGUGGAUUUGAUGGUGGAUUUUGAUGUUUCUGGUGCUUAAUUCUGUGAGAGUUUUCAUCAUAUUAUAAAGAAGAUGGUUUGGUUGGUUUUGUGGAAAAGUUGGGUUUCGACUUUUUCUGAAUCUUUUAAUUUUUAAUUUUUUUUUUCUUUUUUCGUGUUGCUUAGGAAUUAAGAAUCAUGUGACAUCCAUCAUGAUUUGUACUAUUAUUGUAUGUAAAUGUAACAAAAGUUGGAUAAUGGACACUUCUGCAUAUUUUAUA